GUAACAGUUACACCCAAUGAAUGACGUCAGGUGCGUACGUGCAGUGCGCGUUCUAUGUCGCACGGAAGAACACGCGUGUAAUAGCUUGCUCCGAAAGCAAAAUCCUGGAGAGCGACAUAACGAUAAUGCGGAAUAACAUCGUGAGUGUAUUGUGUUGCGUGUUGCUGGUGUUUGUUACGACAGGUACUGAGGCGAUACGCUGUUAUCAAUGUAGCUCUGAUAUGGAUCCGAAGGGCGAGGACCUUUGUGGGGCCUACGCGAAUUUUGACAAAGAAAAUGUGCCUAUCGAGUGCAACAGCGAGGAAUCGCACAUGCCCGGUACAUUUUGCGUUAAAUACACUGAGCAGAGCCCGCGUGGUUUCAUUUGGGAUGGCAGAUGGCGACAGGUGAUCCGACGAUGUGCCUCCGUCGCCAGUACGGGAGUCACGGGGGUCUGUAAUUGGGGCGUUCGCGAGAACGGUGUUUACUGGCAGGAGUGUUACUGCUCCGAGGACGCAUGCAAUGCAGCAUCCGGUCCGGUAUCUUUCACCACGUUGCUUCUCAUGGCAUGCAGUGCCGUCGUUACGUUAUUUUAUUUUAAGUGAAAGACAGGGAGGGCCUUUGAAAGGUGAAGACAUAAAUCAGAGAAAUAUUAAUGAUUAAAAAAAAUUGUUUAUAAAGUCUUUAAGAAGAGAGACGUUUAGAUUAUAAUGGAUCGGAAAAUGAUAGCGGAGAAAUACUCUCCAAGGAUUUUAGAAUUGAUUUUUUCUUAACGAAAUUUUGAUAUAGAAUUUUUUAUAAAACACAUUAUUACAGUUUUUUUAUUUCUCUCUUUAUUAAACUUCUCUUUAAAGUUCAAAUAAUUAAAAAAGGAAAAAUAUCGAUAUAUUAUGUAUAUUUUUAAAAAGCAUGAGUUUUUUACUUUCUAAAAUUUUUAAUAUUUAACACACAAUUUUUGAUACAGAUAAUAAUCAAAUUUUAUCGUUACAUAAAAAUCGACUCUGAAAUAACCAAAAAGCAUAAUGUAAUUUUCAGUCUUAGUUUGAUAAAAGAGAGUUUGCUUGUAGAUACUUUAUAUAAUAUAUUCGUCCAUAUGCUAUAUGUUAAUAGAUCUCGCAUUCUCGUUAUGUAUAUAGUUUAAGUAAUAUAUCCGUCCAUAUUUGGCAUUGUUAAGAAAUGCCAUGAGAUGUGAUUCAUUAUAAUGUAAUUAAGAUGACUAAUUAAUUAUAUUUGACUACAGAUAACUAAGUAUAAAUUAAUUUAGUGGAAAUAAUAGAUCUGUUUAUUAAUCCAUUCCGUGAGAAAAUUUCACGUGAACACAAAAAAGCAAUAAGAACAAUAAUCAGCAUAAGAUAAACUUAAUUCUUUAAUUUCAUUGUUUUAAUGCAAUAAUAUAUUUAUUCUCACCAAAAAUUGACUCAAAGGUGUCUUUUUAAAGUAAAGUAGUGUUCAAUUAUUUUUAAUCUAUUUAGAAUAAUCAAUUAAAAUGUCGAAUUUAGAGCAACGACGAGUUAAAGCGUAUGUAUUUUAUAACGUAUUUUAUGUAAUUAAAACAAAACAGAUUUAUUAUAUUCAAUUUUAUACUUUUUUAUUAUUAUAUAUUAAUAAAAAAUGUACGUAAAUAUAA